ACUUCCUCUACAAAAAAGACUCAACUUUUAUAGUCUGCAACUCACCAGUCAGCAAAGCAGCACAGAGUGGCACAGUGUAAAGGUUGCAUCAUAAAAGCUUCUUCAAUGGACUGCACAGGCCCCUCUGCUCUGCAAACUGCUUCUCAUUAGGAUUCCUGUAGAAAAGAUCCACCUACUGUUCCCUCACCUCCAUGCAAACUGUAUGCUCCAUUGCCUUUAUCUGCUCCAUUCUUAAAAGAUCCUUGCAGGCAGUAAGUCAAGGCAAGAGCAUGGUGAUUUUUUGGCUUGUUUUUUUCACUUUUUGCUUGACACAGUUCCUGAUUAGCAGGGAUAAAGGCAACAUCCUUCCUCCACGCACCAUUAAAAUUCUUAUCUGGAAAUGGCCAUAUGCAAGAAGGACCAAUCUAACGGGGAAUGUAUGUGCUGAUCUCUAUGAUAUCCAUGGCUGCCACCUGACAGAUAACCAGUCUGCUUUUAACCAGGCUGAUGUUGUGGUCUUCCAUCAUAGUGACAUCUAUCCUUCUGUAGCUACAUUACCUACAGAGAAGUGGCGACCCCACCUACAGAAAUGGGUGUGGUUGUCUCUGGAGUCUCCAACCAACAACAGAAAGAUCAACCAGCUAAAUGGAAUCUUUAAUUGGACAAUGAGCUACAGACGGGAUUCAGAUAUUUUCAUACCCUAUGGAGAGCUUGUACCGAAUAUUGGCCAACCUUUCUCCAUUCCCAAAAAGAUCUCUCACUUGGCCGCAUGGGUGGUCAGCAAUUACAGGGAAAGUCACAAGAGGACUGGUGUUUUCCAUAGUCUACAAAAAUCCAUGGCAAUUGAUAUGUAUGGCAGGGCUAAUGGAAAGCCCCUGAGCAAGGACAGCCUCCUACAAACCAUUUCCAAAUAUCCCUUCUAUCUAGCAUUUGAGAAUUCCAUACAUCAGGAUUACAUAACAGAAAAGCUGUGGAGGAAUUCUUUCAUGGCAGGCUCAGUGCCCGUAGUCUUAGGACCACCACGAACCAACUAUGAAGUGUUUGUGCCCGCAGGGUCAUUCAUUCAUGUACAGGACUUCCCAAGCACCAAAGAGCUGGCAGAAUACCUCAGGGCAGUGGCCAACAAUGAGACUCAUUAUAGGCAAUACUUUGAAUGGAAAAAACAAUUCACAGUCAAGGUGUACAAAGACUGGAGGGAGCGGUUCUGCCAAAUCUGCAAAAAGUAUAAAACCCUGCCCCAAAGAAAAAUCUAUCACAACCUUGAAGAGUGGAUAAAUAGCUAAUGGUGCUUUGUAAAGUUACGAUGAACAUUUUUCAAAAACCUUCC